UUAUAAUAAUAUAUAGUAGGGAUAUUAUUUGACCCUUUUUGAUGCUUUAAAUAGUAACAUUACUGAUAAAUUUUCUUAUACUUUGUGUUCCCAGUAUAGUAAAUUUUGUUGUGGAAUUUGAAAAUGUCUUCCUCCAGAAAGUUAGAUUUUGAUGCAUCAAGCAGCAGUGUUGAUACAAAAAAGAUUGAUGUAGCCGAAGAUGUUGUAGCAGAGAAAUCUGAAAUUGUAAUUGUUGACAAUUACCGUGAGCCAGUGGAAGUGCCUCCAUUUUUGAAUGUUAAAAGAAAUUCAUGGGAGAUUAUUGUGAAUGAAUAUCAUGUACAUCCAAAUCACAAGCUUCGUCUCCCUCAUCACCUUACAUAUGAAGGUGUUUUGAGUUCUGAUAAGAACAUCAUGCUCACUCAACUUGAUAGAGAUCAAGAUGCAGUUGAUGCAUUUGGUUGUGAGGUUGUUGCUGAUGAAGUAGAUCCUCAUAAGAGAUACAUAGCUAGUGGUUGGCAUGCAUUUGUUAAGGCAAGUCAAGUUGAAGUUGGUGAUAGGUUGUUGUUCUCCAUUGAGAAUUAUGAUAAGAAUAUCUACGUUCGUUUUGUCUAUGAAAGUGACAUUGACAGUGAAUAUGAUAAUUGGAGUGAUUAAGAUCUUUAAUGUAGUUUGUUUUAAUUAUUAUUAUGUUAAAAUUAAGGCUUGAAGUUAAGUUGGUGUUUAAUUAGUUAUAUGUAUGACGUUUUGUUUUUUUUUUUUUAAGGAUAGUUAUAUGUAUGACGUUAUCAUGUUGUAAUGUAUUUUUAUUUAAUAUAAUAUGUGUUGUUGUAA